UCGAGGCUCGCUUUCCCAACAUGCUCUGCAGAGAAACCAAAGAUGGCGGCUGUCGCUAUUGUUCGGUGGUUGGGGCUCCGCAGUAGGCUUGGCCAGCCGCUGAAGGGUCGGCAGGCAGGUCUUUGUGAACGGGCACACAGCUGCAGAUUUUAUUCUGGAAGUGCAACCCUCUCAAAGGUUGAAGGAACUGAUGUAACAGGGAUUGAAGAAGUAGUAAUUCCAAAAAAGAAAACUUGGGAUAAAGUAGCCGUUCUUCAGGCACUUGCAUCCACAGUAAACAGGGAUUCUACGGUUGUGUCUUAUGUGUAUCAAGAUGAUCCUUUCCUUAUACCGACAUCCUCUUUGGAAUCUCGUUCAUUUUUACUGGCAAAGAAGUCUGGAGAGAAUGCAGCCAAGUUUAUUAUUAAUUCAUACCCCAAAUAUUUUCAGAAGGACAUGGCUGAACCUCAUAUACCGUGUUUAAUGCCUGAGUACUUUGAGCCUCAGAUUGAAGAUAUAAGUGAAGAUGCCCUGAAGGAACGAAUCAAGCUCAGAAAAGUCAAAGCCUCUGUGGACAUAUUUGAUCAGCUUUUGCAAGCAGGAACCACUGUGUCUCUUGAAACAACAAAUAGUCUCUUGGAUUUAUUGUGUUACUAUGGUGACCAGGAGCCCACAACUGAUUAUCAUUUUCAACAAACUGAACAGUCAGAAGAAUUGGAAGAGGAAAAUAAUGAGAAAUCUCGGAAGAAAGGUGGUCAUCAGUUUGGAGUUACAUGGCGAGCAGAAAACAACGCUGAGAGAAUCUUUUCUCUAAUGCCGGAGAAAAAUGCACAUUCCUAUUGCACAAUGAUCCGAGGAAUGGUGAAGCACCGGGCUUAUGAGCAGGCAUUAAACUUGUACACUGAGUUACUAAACAACAGACUCCAUGCUGAUGUAUACACAUUUAAUGCAGUGAUUGAAGCAACUGUAUUGGUGAUAAAUGAGAAAUUUGAUGAAAAAUGGCUUAAUACCCUGGAGCUGCUAAGACAAAUGGUUGCACAGAAGGUGAAACCAAAUCUACAGACUUUCAAUACCAUUCUGAAAUGUCUCAGAAGAUUUUAUUUAACUGCAAGAGUACCAGCCUUACAGGUUUUACGUGAAAUGAAAGCCAUCGGAAUAGAACCCUCGCUUGCGACGUAUCACCAUAUUAUUCAGCUGUUUUACCACCCUGGAAACGCUUCAAAGGGAUCAUCUUUCAUCAUCUAUGAUAUAAUGAAUGAAUUAAUGGGAAAGAAAUUUUCUCCAAAUGACCUGGAUGAUGAUAAGUUUUUUCAUUCAGCCAUGAGAGUAUGCUCAUCUCUCAGAGAUCUAGAACUUGCCUACCAAAUACAUGACCUUUUAAAUACCGGAGACAACCGGAAAUUCAUUGGACAUGAUCAUUGGCGUGAUUUCUAUUAUUCCAGGUUCUUCAAUUUGAUUUGUCUAAUGGAACAAAUUGAUGUCACCUUGAAGUGGUAUGAGGACCUGAUACCUUCAGUCUUCUUUCCCCACUCCCAAACAUUGAUUGAUCUCCUCCAAGCAUUGGAUGUAGCCAAUCGGCUGGAAGUGAUUCCUCAAAUUUGGAAAGAUAGUAAAGAAUAUGGUCACAGUUUCCGCAAUGAACUGAGAGAAGAGAUCCUGACACUCAUGGCAAGGGAUAAGCACCCGCCAGAGCUCCAGGUAGCUUUUGCUGACUGUGCUGCUGAUAUCAAAUCUACAUAUGAAAGCCAACCUGUCAGACAGAAUGCUCCGGAUUGGCCAGCCGUCUCUCUCAACUGUAUAGCUGUCCUCUUUUUAAGGGCUGGGAGAACCCAGGAAGCCUGGAAAAUGUUGGGGCUUUUCAGGAAGCAUAAUAAGAUCCCUAGAAAUGAGUUGCUGAAUGAGUUUAUGGACAGUGCCAAAGUGUCUAACAGCCCUUCCCAGGCCAUUGAGGUGGUAGAGCUGGCAAGUGCCUUCAGCUUACCUAUUUGUGAGGGCCUCACCCAGAGAGUAAUGACUGACUUUGCAAUCAACCAGAAACAAAAGGAAGCCCUAGGCAAGCUAACUGCAUUCACCAGUGACCAUGAUACUGACAGCAGCAGUGACAGUGACAGUGACAGUGACAGUGACACCCGUGAAGGCAAAUGAAAGUGGAGAUUUAGGAGCAGCAACAGCCUCACCAUAGCUACUGGAAUUGCACCUGAGAACUGAGAUACGCUAAUAUUUAACAUUAUUACAAAGAAGACAAGAUGCAGAUUUGGUGAAUUUGUUCUGUGAGGUACAGUCAGUACAUGGCUGACUUAUUUGCUGCUUAAUAACCAUUUAUUAAUGCACCAUUAAAGGUUUAGCAUUUAAGUAGCAACAUUGCCAUUUUCAGACACAUGGUGAGGUCCGUGGCUCUUGUCAUCAGGAUAAGCCUGCACACCUGCAGUGUCAGUGAGCCGACCUCACGCUUCCAUCGUUGUGCGAUUGCCCUCUCCCUGCUGCUGGGCUUCUGCUUUUCUUGGCCUGAUGUGAUGCUGGUUCUUCAGAUAUCUUAGAAAGGUGUUCAUGCAGUUACAUCACAGUUGGUUUUGGGUCAAUAGUUUCCCAAUUUCAGGAUAUUUUGAUGUCAGAAAUAAUGCAUCUUAGGAAUGACAAAACAGGACAGUGGCAGUUUAGGGUGCACGACUGGUAAAAUGACUGUAAAUAAAUGUUGUAAUUAAUGUACAUGUGUGCAUUUGUUAUUUUAAUAUAGCCAUUGCGAAAGUUUUCUAACUUGAACACCCA